AGAAAAACGAAAGUAUUGACAGAUAUGACAGCAACAAAGUUGUAUGCAGCUCUCAUCCGGAUGCUCCUCUUAUUGAGGAUUAUCGAGCUGGAGACAUGAUUUGUUCUGAGUGUGGUUUAGUUGUUGGAGACAGAGUUAUUGAUGUAGGUUCAGAAUGGCGUACAUUCAGUAGUGAAAAAUCUGGUGUGGAUCCUUCGCGUGUUGGUGGACCAGAAAAUCCUCUCUUAAAUGGAUCUGAUUUGACCACAAUGAUUGGGCCAGGCAGAGGUGAUGCUUCAUUUGACGAAUUUGGAAUGGCCCGGUAUCAGAACCGAAGAACAAUGAGCAGCUCAGAUAGAGCUCUCAUUAAUGCUUUCAAAGAGAUUAAUUCAAUGGCAGACAGGAUUAAUUUACCCAGAACUAUUGUUGAUAGGGCAAAUAAUCUUUUUAAACAAGUCCAUGAUGGUAGAAAUUUGAAAGGACGCUCUAACGAUGCUAUUGCCUCAGCCUGCCUUUACAUUGCAUGUAGGCAAGAAGGUGUUCCUCGUACAUUUAAGGAAAUUUGUGCUGUUAGUAAAAUAAGUAAGAAAGAAAUCGGAAGAUGUUUCAAGUUAAUUCUAAAAGCCUUGGAAACUUCAGUUGAUCUCAUAACAACAGGUGAUUUCAUGUCACGUUUCUGCUCCAAUCUGGGACUUCCCAACAUGGUACAAAGGGCUGCUACACAUAUUGCCAGAAAAGCUGUUGAAUCUGAUAUUGUACCCGGUCGAUCUCCCAUUUCAGUUGCUGCAGCAGCAAUUUACAUGGCAUCACAGGCAUCCGAUGAUAAAAAGAGUCAAAAGGAGAUAGGUGAUAUAGCUGGAGUUGCCGAUGUCACAAUCAGACAGUCGUACAAGUUAAUGUAUCCACAUGCCAGCAAGUUAUUUCCUGAGGACUUCAAAUUUGCUACACCAAUCGAGCAAUUACCAGUAAUGUAAGGACAGUUUAUUUUUUAAGUUUAUUUUCUGUCAGUUGUUUAUGGUAAUUAAUUAAUUCGUAUUUAGGGUAAACUUCAAUACUGUAAUUUCUAUUUUUAUUGAAGACAUAUUAAUUACAGGAAUAAGUCCAUUUGUAUAAAGACUUUUGCAUAGGCUAUAAAACUUUAGUUAGAA